GAAAAACAUUACUCCAAAAAUUUAAAAAAUCUCCGCUCCCCCAGAAACAGCAGUUAAACGACGUCACUUUCAUCUACCCUUUCCCCAAAAUUUGGGGCUUUGUAAAUUCAAUUGAAAAAUUCCCAAAUUGUAGAUUUUAGGGUUCUUUUUUCACUAAUGGAAGGCGGGAUUUGUAGUCCCACAAGAUGAUAAACAGUAAAGAAGAUGCGAGCGGCCGCGGCGCAGCAGAUGAGGAAAAUGUAAAAUUUCACAGUGUUGUACAGCCACUUAGGGAUUUAGAAUCAAAUUGGGGUGUUGAUUUAGCCAAAAAUCUUGAAGAAUAUUUGCUCAAAAUAUGCUCUGGUGAAAUUACUAGAGAUAAUUAUGAUGACGGUCAUGUGAAUUUUGCUGAAGCUGCAUUGCUGCUUCAGGGGUCAGUUCAGGUGUACAGCAGGAAGGUGGAAUAUCUUUAUUCUCUGGUAUUGCAUUGUUUGGAAUUCAUUACCAAGAAGAGUGACCCAGAUCUACCAGCAAGUGUAUCAGCCCAAGCAGAUGAAAACGGGGUGCCUGCUGCCGAUAAUGAAGAGAAUGAUCCAUACUGGGUUUCAGAGGAAACCUCAGUGGAAACAAAGAACAUGUUGGAUAAUACGACAUGCAGGGAUUCUUCAUUUACCCAGUUUGUGAAGGCCCCUGCAAAUCUGGUCGUGCGCGAGGCUGACUGCUUGGAUGUUACUGGAGAUGCUGGAGAACUAGAGUCUUACCUGCUAGCCACGUGUGAUCUUUACCGAGAUUUUAUUCUGUUGGACGCAUGCGAUGCCGUAACAGUGGAUGAGUUUAUGAAUAAUGAGAAUAUAGCUGGAAAGGGGCUGAACAAUAGCUGCAUUGCAGAGGGCCGUUCUUUGGACUCCAAGUGCCACAAGAGCUUUUCCUCUCCCAUAAGACGUUUUGAGGGAACUGGCAAGAAGUCUUCAGCUCAAAAGAAUCAGGAUGCUAAUUUAUAUCAGUCUCCAGUGUUUCAUGAGUUUGGUCCAGGCAAUUUUAACAAUGAUCACUUCGCAUCUGAUAUGCCUGAUAACAUCGAUGAUGCACAUCGAUUUGAAGAUGGAUAUUCGGAACCUAGAGAUUCAGACGACUCAGAUGAUGAAGACCCAUGGAAUCCGUUGAACCCGCAUGAACCUGGCACUUUGAAAGUAAAACCAUACAAAAAAGUUAAAUCUAAUAGAAGGCAGGGUGCGGUGUCCAAAAAAGGUUCAUCUUUGGCUACAGAAUUUCCAGUUGCGAGAUUACAUGGUACCACUAGCGCAGACCUCAACGACCUGUGGGAGAGAAAAUGUUGUGCCAUGAAAAAACAAGGCGACUCGCAAUCUCCUCCACCAUAUGAGAAGCUACGGGAAUCACUUCUUCAUGGGGAGAACAACGAUUAUGAUGGUUUGAAUAGUCCAACGGAAAAUAAUGAAAGUGAUUACUAUGAUAGUGCAGAUCACGAUUUUGGGCCUUCUGGCUUUGACAUGCCAGAAAAUGCAGACAUGAACAGCGAUGCAACUCCAUAUGGUGAAAAGCAUGAUAAAUGUAGUCCAUUUUUUGACAGUGAAGCUCAUGAAGAUUCGAAUGCUCAUGCCAACCUUGAAGAUCUUUGUCGCUCCCACUUGGAUUCUCUUCUUGCUAGCCUUGCUGAAAGUGAAAAGCAGAGUGAAUUGGCUGCUCGCGUUUCAACGUGGAAACAGAGAAUUGAGCAUAACUUGGAGGAACAAGACUCACAUCCCCCCUUUGACAUUCAUGAAUAUGGGGCUAGGAUUUUGUGCAAGUUAUCCCUGGAAGAAAAUGGUCAAAGCACCAAGUCUUUUUCUGAUGUUGUUACGGGUCAAGAGAAGCAUGAUAUUGCUCGAACAUUUUCUGCGCUUCUGCAAUUGGUAAACAACGGAGAUGUUGGUUUGGAAAGAGGUGAAAUACGUGAGUCCACUUGUUACACAGCUGCAAAUCCCUUCUAUGUCCGACUCCUUAAGAACGAUAAUGGUAGGGAGAAACUUCAAAUUCGAUCAUCAAAAAAGAGAGCAAAAUCUCCAAUACCCAAUCAGGGCUUUAGAAAGGAAAAAAACAAAGGUAAAGAAAUUCAGGCUGCUUUUGGUUCCUCACCUUCAGAACCCAAUUCAGCUUCCAGAUUUUCCCUGAAGCUGGGAAAGGUUAAUGGAACUCGUUGUACGCCUGAAAGUAAGAAAAGAAGGAAAUCCAGAUUAGUCGUACCACCAGAUAUACGUACUGCAUUGUGAUAUAUAUUUUCCUCUAGUUUUCAAGUAAGCCUCUCCUCUCCCGCUAUUUGCUCUCACUAUACUGUUGUGAGACUCAAGGUAGUAGAUUGUAGUAAGACAGAAAAUUAACCCUGGCACGGCCACUGUAAUUCUUAUCAGAAACCAACAACCUGUUGGCUGCAGAAAUUUAUGUGUUUAUUCUUAACUUAAUUAGAACUCAGUGUAGUGUAGUACUUAGCAAGGAAGAUGUAACAGUAUUUUGACAUAUGCAGAGCUUAUUCUUCAUUA